ACGAGGACGUUCGCGUCGCUGUGUCCCCGAGGGAGCCGCUUAGAUGGGUCUUCAACGGAUAGCUCCAGCCCCAUCUGCCGCACUGCUGCUUGCCGUGCGAGUCACGGCGUCAGCAGGGACCCGAAGAUGACAAGGAGAAUAAAGUCGCCAGCAGGACGCAGCAGAUUCGAUUCGUGCUUCUUCAACGCGCAGCGUACCUGGCGCCCGACUCGACGGUGGAGCAAGCUAACCUUGCAGAUGCUUCGGGCGUGAUGGACCUUCCCGUGCAAGCUGCGCCGGCGGCUGGCAUCGCACCCUGGGGCCGCACUCACCACUCUUCCUUCUGUGCCCACGAUUGCUCCGAAAUAGCCCGAGCGAGAUUACAAGCCGUAGCCACGACGAGAAGGCAUUUUGUUGGGAAAGGUACGAGUCAUUCGCCGCAGAGGAGAGGGAAACCAUGGCUGGCACGCAGGGGGGGCAGACGCAAGGAUCGGGGAAGGUUCCUUUGCUAUCCCGCGUGGAGAUGGUGCACUAUCCGGCCGUGGGAGGCACCGUGGGCGGCGACGGCGAGGGCUGCCAGUGGCACAUGCUGGCGCGCGACCGCUGCUUCCUCCGCGCCGUCACCUACCGCGCCCACUGCGCGCUCGAGCACAUGACCCUAGGCGACUUGCGCGAGUACCGAGACUCCCACCACCUGGACUCCCACCACCUGGACUCCCACCACCUGGACUCCCACCACCUGGACUCCCACCACCUGGACUCCCACCACCUGGACUCGGUGCCUCCUGUGGCGCUGAACCAGCGGGUCACGGCGAUGCUUGCGCUUUCGUGCGAGAUGGGCGUGCCGCCGAUGAGCUUGGAGGGGGAGGGCGUGCCGCCAAUGGUAGCAGGGGUGAUGAGGUUGGUGGCAGCAGCAACGCGGAAGGCCAAGACAUUCCCGAGGGCAUGCACAUGAGUGGCGUGAGAGCCACUGACUUUGCCCUUGCUGUCGCCACGGUGUUCUCUCGACCAGAGUACGGCAAAGCGUCUCACGUGCACACCAUUGACUCGACCGAUGGGAGCAGGGCGAGGAUGGAGGGUGCGGCCAUUGAGGACGCCAGACACAGCCUG